UGUUUUUAUUUUUUUAAAUAAUCCACGAAAUUUAUUUGAUAUAAGCAAAGAGAUCAAUUUACUUUAAGUUAGAACGGUUUUAUUGAUAAGACAAGACUGUAUUUAUAUGUGUAUUGUGCAAUAUUUUUUUAUUCAACAGCCAAACAUUUGAACCAAAAUAUUUUGAAAAUACGCCGUAAACUUAGCUGCUAGAGCUGUUAGAAUAAAAUUGAUUGUAAUCUUCAUAUGGAUUUUGAGACAGUCAAUAACUUUUCACUCUGUGUCUUAGAUUACGCGUUUAAAUGUCAGUCGCAGUUAAAGUAAGUUGGAUUACUUUAAAUCGUAAUCUUAAGCUAGUUGCAAGUCAGUGUCUUGCCAGAAGUGUUUCACAAAUGGCAACUUCCGCACCUCCCAGCCAAAUGGAAGAAAUCGUUAAAAAGUUUAAACUCCCCAAGGCAUACGAAGGAAGUCGUCCUAGUGUUUGGGUGGAAUAUAUUCAGCUUGCAAUGGAAUAUAAACCUUUAAAUCUUGGACAAGGAUUUCCCGACUAUCCGCCCCCUGAAUAUAUCACUGAUGCUCUAAUGCAGGUAGCAUCAGAUGGAAAUUUACAUCAAUAUACUAGAGGUUAUGGCCAUCCGAGACUGGUACAAGCGAUAGCAAAAUUAUAUUCAAAGCUGAUAGGUAGAGAGCUUAAUCCACAAACGGAAGUUUUGACUACUCUUGGUGCAUAUGAAGCUCUUUAUGCUGCUAUUACAGGACAUGUAGAUGUUGGUGAUGAAGUUAUUAUUAUUGAACCAUUUUUCGAUUGUUACGAACCUAUGGUUAGAUACGCUGGAGGAAUUCCGAGAUUUAUAGCUCUGAAACCUAAAAGUACCGAUGGAACAACAUUGUCAUCUAGUGACUUUGUGUUAGAUAAGACUGAACUAGAGAGUUUAUUCAAUCAAAAAACCAAAGCGAUAAUUUUAAAUACUCCAAAUAAUCCACUUGGAAAGGUUUUCACUCUAGAGGAACUGACAUUAAUUGCUAAUUUGUGCAAAAAGCAUAAUGUUUUAUGCAUUUCCGACGAAGUGUACGAAUGGAUGGUAUAUGAACCAAAUAAACACAUUAGAAUAGCUACUCUUCCUGGAAUGUGGGAUAGAACAAUUACUAUUGGAUCGGCAGGGAAAACAUUCAGUGUCACCGGCUGGAAAUUGGGUUGGGCAUACGGGCCUUCAAACUUAUUGUUUAAUAUUCAAAUGAUUCACCAGAAUUCUGUAUAUACCGGAUGCACUCCUAUACAGGAAGCCACGGCAAUUGCUUUCGAAAAAGAAUUGGGCCGUUUGGAAUCUGAUGAGUGUUACUUUAACUCAAUAACAAAGGAAUUAGAACCAAAGAAAAAAUACAUGGCCACAUUUUUACAAGAAACUGGUUUUAAGCCUAUUGUUCCGGAAGGGGGAUAUUUUAUGAUGGCAGAUUGGACUCCAUUAGAGGCAAAUGUGGAUCUAAGCUCGGAAAGUGAUCAAUAUAAAGACUACAGAUUUACGAAGUGGAUGACAAAAAAUGUUGGAUUACAAGGAAUUCCUCCAACGGCAUUUUAUGGAGUUGAACACAAACCAUUGGGAGAGAACUUUGUGAGAUAUUGCUUUAUUAAGUGUAGGUACGUCCUUUGGGGAGACUUCAGGAGAACCAGUCUGUUUUAUACCAAGGAAAUUGAUCCUCCUCCAUAUUUAGACAAAAUGAAAUUUUUCGAAGGAAUGAAAAUGGCUGCAACUGAACAUCUGAUUCCUCAAGGCAAAGAGUCAAAAGGCUGUAAUCAUAAGCAACGAUAAAGAGUAUGUUGAAUUUGAUAGAAACGAGCACUAACUUGGAGCAUAUGGAAAAUCAUGAAAGCGUUUACACAAAUUUUAGUUGAUCUCGAAAUAAUAGUUUGAAGGAAGUCUACAUCUCUACCAUUCAAUCAACUUUACCUUAGCAUCAAGCUGCGAUAUAGAAUUGGCACACCUAUUAUGGCAGAAGUGUGAAGAAGACAGAUGGGCUUUGUCUGGAUAUGUCGAAAAACAGUCAUAAAUUUAAUGACGAUUCUACAAUAUCAAAAUAUUUUUAUGCUAUUUGAUUGAUGGAUUCGGCGCAAUUUAACCAUUUUUAUUAACUCUAAACUUCCCAAUUAAAAUACAUUAAACACAUAUGCGAAAUCUGA